AUGUCAGUAAAAUAAAACAUCAAUAUAAAUAACUCAACUAAGAAUAAUUAAAUUGAGAAAAGUGCCAACCAAGGUGUUGAUAUAGUUUGGAAUAAUGUUACUUAUGAAGUGAACCUUAAGAACACUAAAAGAUAGGUACUUAGAGGAGUAUCUGGUAUUAGUAAGAAAGGUUAAAUAAAUGUAAUUAUGGGGAGUUCAGGUGCUGGAAAAACAACUCUUCUGAAUUUGCUGUGUUGCCGUGCAGAAAACACUUCAAAGGUUUCGAUAAAAGGAGAAAUAAGAGCUAAUGGAAAAGAAUACAAUUCUAAUGAUUUUUCUAAUUUCGCAGCUUAUGUAACGUAGGAAGACUGCUUAAUGGAAGCAAUGACUGUCAGAGAAAUUAUUUAAUUCUCUGCAGACCUUAAAACAAGAGGCAGCUAAGAAGAAAAAAAGAAUUUAGUAGAUUAAAUUUUAAAAAUGAUGCGUUUAGAAAAGUGCUAAAAUUCAUUGAUAGGAGGAUUGAUGAUAAAAGGUAUUACUAAAGGAGAGAAAAAAAGAACUUCAAUAGCAAUCGAAUUAGUCAGUAAUCCUGAUGUCAUUUUCUUAGAUGAACCAACAAGCGGCUUAGAUUCUUUUACAGCUUAUAAUGUGAUAGAUGUCUUACAAAAAUAUGCUAGAGAGUAAAAUAAAAAUAUUAUUUGCACUAUCCAUUAACCUUCUUCAGAAAUUUUCAUGAAAUUCGAUAAUUUGUUAUUAUUAGUGGAGGGCUAAUUUAUAUAUUAAGGACCUUGCAGCAAAGUAAUUGAAUACUUUGCAUAAAUUGGCUUUUAAUGUCCUUUCUAAAGUAAUCCCGCUGAUUAUUUAAUGAGCAUCGUGCAUGCCGAGUCAUAAAAAAAUAGGGAUAAUUAUUCCUUAUAUUUUGAAACGUAUUAAUAAAAUCUAGCACCAAUAAUCUAAGAUUAAAUUCAAAUACAAAAAUAGUAAUUAAGCUUACUCGAUAAUUAAAAAGCUUCUUUUUUCAAAUAGUUGGGUAUUCUUAUUGAGCGUCAAUAUAAAAAUUUAAGCAGAAACCCCAUGCUAUUUUAAGCAAGAUUAAUCUAAUCUGCUUUAAUUGGAAUAUUCAUAGGAAUAAUAUAUCUGCCUCUACCCAGCUCUUACGACCAUAGAGAUGACUAACGUCUUGUUAAUGAUUUAAAUGGAGCAAUGUUCUUUUUAAUUUAAAAUAGCCACAUGAAUUCUCUUCUUCCCAUUGUACUUUGUAUUCCUCUUGAGAGAAAUAUAUUUUUAAAAGAGUAAAACCAAAAGUUGUAUCACGUAUUACCCUAUUUCUUAUCAAAAUUAAUUGUAGAAAUUAUUAUGGUUUUUUUAGCUCCUUUGAUUUUGGGAAGUAUUAGCUAUUUUAUGAUUGGCCUCAAUCCUAACUUUGGAAAAUUUUGCUUUUAUUAGCUUGUCAGUUUUCUAUAAAGCUUUGCAGGUAAUGCGUAAGGAAUGUUUAUUGGUGCACUUUUUAGCAAUGCUUAGACAGCUAUUACUGUUGCUCCUUUGGUAGUUCUUCCUUUUUACCUGUUUGGUGGUCUAUUCAAAAAUAUUUCUGAUUUCCCUGAAUGGAAUUCCUGGUUUUAAUACUUAACCAGUUAUAGAUAUUCUUUUGAAGCUCUAGUACACAACAACUAUGAAGGAAGUCCUUUUACUAUUGAUGUCUCAGAGUAACUUAAUUUUACUCUUGGAAAAUGGAACAGUGUUUUAUAUCUAUUUUGUUUAGGAGUAGGAUUCUAAAUAAUAGCUUACUUUACAUUAAAAAUGAGUGUAAAAAAAUUAUAAUGA